AUGGACUUUACGGGGAGGGACUUGAUCCGUGGUGAGCCUGAAAAAGUGAUAACUGAAAAAGUGGACUAUUUGAAAGACAUAGGAGUGUGCGCUGUUUGGCUAUCUCCAGUAUUAAAGUCUCCACAACUGGACUUUGGUUAUGACGUGUCUGAUUUCAAGCAGAUCGACCCUAUUUAUGGGACAAUGCAAGAUUUCGAUCGCAUGAUCGACAAGUUCCACAAAGCCGGAACAAAGGUACUCUUGAAUUUUGUGCCAAAUCAUACAAGUAACAUGCACGAUUGGCUUAAGAAAUCGGUCAAAAGAAUAAACCCAUACACGGACUAUUUUAUUUGGAAAGAUGCAAAGUACGUUGAUGGUGUGAGGAGCCCUCCUAACAAUUGGGUGGCAAGAUUUACCGGUCCAGCAUGGGAAUGGAACGACCAACGGCAACAAUAUUAUUUACAUCAGUUUCUUGUCGAACAACCCGAUUUAGAUUACAGGAAUCCAAAAGUGCACGAUGAGAUUAAAGAUGUUAUGGACUUUUGGCUGAAACGUGGCCUGGACGGGUUCAGAAUCGAUGCUAUUUGUUUCAUAUACGAAAGAGCAGACUUUGCUGACGAACCUGAGUCCGGCGAGGCUGGCUUCGUACCUACCGACUACAGUUAUUGGAAGCACGUUUGCACUAGAGAUCAACCAGAAAAUGUGGACUUGGCCAAAGAACUGGAAGAGUUUGUCAACAGUUAUAAAAAGACUGAAAGCGAUACGCCCAAAAUCCUUCUGUUGGAAUGUUAUGGACCACCCUCGGUAGUUAUGCCGUUCUACGGUAAUGACACACGAAUUGGCGCAGCGUUUCCGUUUAACUUUAACAUGCUCGACUAUAUGAAUCGCGAAUCAGACGUCCAGGCUAUAAAAGACAUGAUCGCCAUAUGGCUGGCUAAUAUGCCCGAAGGGAAAUGGGCCAAUUGGGUAAUUUCAAAUCACGACCGUGUCAGAAUAGCUACGAGGAUGGACAACAUGCUUUUGGAUGGAAUACACAUGCUGCAGAUGGUUCUGCCGGGUACAGCAAUCACGUACUACGGAGACGAGCUCGGUAUGGAAGACACAUAUGUGCGGUGGGAUCAAGCUACCGAUACGUUUGCAUUGAACGUUGGCCCCGACCGAUUUACGUUGUUCGACAGAGGUCCAUCGAGGAGUCCGUUCCCUUGGGACGAUUCGAAAAAUGCUGGCUUUUCCGAUGGUCCGGACUUGUGGCUGCCGAUCAACCCCAAUUACUGGAUGAACAACAUGAAACUUCAAACGAAACGUAAAAGCCAUUUGAAAACUUACCAAGCGUUGGCGACUUUAAGGAAGAGCGCGACAUUCAUCUACGGAGACGCAGAUGUGUUUGUCAUAUCAAAAUGGGUGCUUGCUUUGUCGAGGAGUUAUAAAGACCACCCGACUUACAUUGUUGUCAUCAAUUUCAAUAGUUACACGGAAACAGUUGAUCUUCUAAAGGACAGACCUACGUUACCACACAAUUUAAAUGUCCAACUUUCUAGCCUCAACGCUAGUAUUAACGAGGGAAAUCUGGUGAAAACCAACAGUAUUGUGUUGAGACCAAAAGCAGCACUUCUCUUGACUACGGCAAGAAAUGAUGAAAACUAA